AUGCAGGCUCCCUUCUGGAGGGGCCCUUCUGGGGACUACAGGGUUCAUACUCUCUUUUUCCUUGCAGCUCCACAUCCAACAUCUCCUGCUGAGCAGCUGGACACAGAAGCUCCACAUCCAACAUCUCCUGCUGAGCAGCUGGACACAGAAGCUCGCGUGGGCUGCGGCCCCCCCACAGCCGCCCCGGUCAGCGCGCUUUUUGGCCCUGGUUCCGGGCCCAUCUUCCUGGACGACGUGCGGUGCCUGGGGGAUGAGACCUCCCUCCAGACGUGCAGCCACCGUGGCUGGGGCGUGCACAACUGCAGGCACUGGGAGGACGCCAGCGUCAUCUGUGCAGGCAGCGCGCUUUUUGGCCCUGGUUCCGGGCCCAUCUUCCUGGACGACGUGCGGUGCCUGGGGGACGAGACCUCCCUCCAGACGUGCAGCCACCGUGGCUGGGGCGUGCACAACUGCGGGCAUUGGGAGGACGCCAGCGUCAUCUGUGCAGUGUCUUAUUUUUGUGGUGGCUCAAUCUCAAAUUCCUCUGGGAUACUGCAGAGUCCCUUCUACCCUGAAAGUUAUCCAAACAAUGCUGACUGUGUGUGGGAAAUACAAGUAGAGAACAAUUUCCGUGUUAUGCUCACAUUUAGAGAUAUUGCGAUGCAAAGUGGCAGAUGCCAGUAUGACUACAUUGAAGUAUAUGACGGGCCUCCACACUCUUCCCCUCUUCUUGGGAGACUUUGCUCUGGUUCCUUUCCCACAUACGUGUCGUCAUCAAACAUGAUGACCGUUCGCUUCCACAGUGAUUCUAGAUACACCUUCAGAGGGUUUCAGGCUCACUACUCCUCCAUUCCAGCAGAUCAUAACACUACCCUUCUGUGCUUGCCAGACUACAUGCAUGCUGUGGUUAGCAGAGACUAUCUCCAGUCUCAAGGUUACUUGGUGCAGAUGGUCACCCUGAACGACAGUCGCUGCACACCCACAGUCACGUCACGUGAGGUUAUAUUCAACAUUCCCUACAAUGGCUGUGGGACGAUACGAGAGGAGAACAAUGAUACAAUCAAUUAUUCCAACAUCAUCAAAGUUACGUCUUCUGAGCACGUAAUCAGGAGGAAAAAGGAUAUCCACUUACACAUCAGUUGCAAAAUGCUACAGAACACAUGGAUGCAAGUAAUGUAUGUUGCUGAGGAUACUGUCGAUGUGAACGAAAAUCAGUUUGGAAGAUACGACAUGAACCUCACUUUCUACGAUUCCUCAUCAUUCUCAGUGCAAGUGCACCGCUCUCCAUACUACAUUGACUUGAACCAGGAUUUGUAUGUUCAAGCUUAUCUUCACAGCUCUGACAGAGAACUGAACGUGUUUGUGGACACCUGUGUGGCAUCACCCGAUCCUCUUGAUUUUAACUCUCUGGCCUAUUACAUAAUCAAGAAUGGAUGUGUUAGAGAUAAUUCCUAUGCCACAUACAACUCCCCGUACAGCUACUUGGCUCGGUUCAAAUUUAACGCCUUUGAGUUCAUGAGCCGCCAUACGUUAGUCUACCUGCGGUGUGAGCUGGCGGUGUGCCGCCUCGGGGACUUCUCCUCCCGCUGCUACCAGGGCUGUCUUAGCAGGUCCAAGAGAGAUACAAGUUCUGCCGAGGAAAAAGUGAAUGUGGUUGUUGGACCACUUCAGCUUCGAGAAGGGGAUGCUCAGAGUAGGAACGCUGGUAAAGUCGAAUAA